AGUUCGUGCAGCUGAGUGCAUCAUAAUGUUGCUUGGUAAAGUGGGUGUGUCUUUGGGCAACGAAGAAGGUGUUAUUGCUGGUAUUUUGGGCGUAUUCCGCCAGAGACUGUUUCAUCCAGUGAGCUGUCUUGACGGAUCCAUUGUCACUGAAUUAGGCAACAUGGCAGCUGAACUUGGCGACUCAGAAAUACUUGAGGUUUUGAGUCGCUUGAUGAGUGAGGCAUUAGGCGUAGCCACUACUCCUUAUCCAACAUACUCAUCUCCUUCUAACCUCUCAAAGCUAGCUUCAUCAAAACAGCCACAGCACAAAAGGAAUGAUAGUCAGGACAUAAGCAACAAAUCAUACACUCAUAUAUUCCAGCCAGUGAUGGAUGCUUUGGUUUACGUAGCGACUCAUUUAAAAGAGAAAGACCAGCAGAUGGAGUUCCUUCAGAAAGUCUUGUACUCGUUUGUUAAUCAAGGGAUCGAAGGAAAGAGAGCCAUUGAAAGGAAGGACAUGUUUAAUCAGUUGAAAGCUUCUUCCUCCUCAUUUUCACUCGGUCUUCUCCUCCCAGUACUAGCCACAUUGUGUAAGAACAUGGAUCCAAUACUGAUGCCGUCUCCUCGUGUACUGAAACUGUUCAGAGACUUCUGGCUGUAUUGUGUACUGUUAGGAUUCAGUGAAUCUGAUAGAGGUGUGUUCCCUCCCUUGUGGUAUGAUCAUGUUGCUGAUAUUGCCUCCAAGAGUCCGUUGCUAAUAGUCUCUGGUGCUGAGAAGUAUCUUGACAAGGAGCUGGAGCUUAACCAUCCACUAAAGAAAGGAGACAUCACUGUUGGCGAGUUACAGGAAGCAAGACUCUCAUUGCAGGAAUUGUUGGGACGUUCGGUUGAAUUAGAUAAACUUGUGAAUCGCCUCAACUUUGCCCAAUGCAUGUACUUGCACUCAAUAUCACGUCUGGAAACACUCAGGAUUGAGAAGGACAGUCGUUGUUUUUCAUACAUAUUUGAGUAUCUUGAUGAUAAAGGACUCCAGAAAGAAUUAUGGGUUGCAAUGGAGGCUAUUGCUGUGAAACUAUUUGACAAAUUACUGGAUAUACUCAAUGACAAACCUUGUACAAAGGAGAGGGAGAAAGAGUUGGAGAGUCAUGCUCUUCUACUGAUAUUCAAAUUUAAUCACAUUCGUGGGCGUAUCAAACGUCUUGCUGACACUUUUCUCACUAAACUAGUUGACAAGUUCCCUCAUUUGCUGUGGAGCAAACGUGUGCUACAUACACUAUUGGACUUAUUACAGGAAUUAUCAAUACACGUUACAUCACAGGAACCUGAUAAAUGUGUAUUAACUGAAAUCAAACUAUCAUAUUUGCCACACACCGUAAUACUGCCUGAUGUUAUGAGUAAAAGAGAGAUUGCAGUGAUUAGUAAUCAUCCUGACUGCUUGAAGGACACUCGCUCUCAGGCUCUCUCUUCUGUUGUAAUCCAAAGCAGCUUCAUUGGUAGAGUAAAGGGAGCCAUUGAACUCACUGAUAGCUCUGGACUGGCCGGUAUAUACAAUAAUGCUAACAAGCAGUUAGUUCUAGCAAUAGAGAAAAAUGACUUGAGUCUAAUCACAACAGCACUCUAUAACAUGACAGCUUUACUGAUAUCUUGUAAAGGUUCUCAUGAAAGGACUACAUUACACGCUAUUGUUCAUUUGCCAGUGAAAACAUUCAACAAAGAUGUUGUUACCAUAGCAACACAUUGCUGGCAGUGGCUCAUUGCAGCUUGUCCUGAAUUAGAGUUUAAAUUCAUGAAAGAAUUUUCAGCAGCAUGGCAAUGGACCAUUACUGCCCAGAAGGGAAUGUUCUCUCCUCCGUUCAAAGAAGAUCUCACCAAGUGA